UCAACUACCCGCACUCCCGCCCUCGGCACCCAGGCGUCCGCACCAUGCUCCCGCUGCUCCCGCUGCUCCCGCUGCUCCUCCUGCUCCUGCCCGCAGCCCACGGUGCAGUGGAGCGUGUGGGGUACACGCCGUCCCUGACCAAGAGCCCCGUGCUGGAGGGGCUGACGACCGGCUCCACCUUCGUGCUGGAUCAGCCCCGCUGCGUCUUCGACAAGUACAGCAACGCCGACAUCUGGCUGGUGGUGGCUCUGGAAAGCACCGCAGCCAACUUCAGCAACAGCGUUGCGCCGGGGACUGCCGAGAGCGCGUUCCAGAACUUCCCUGACAGCGUCCCCGCCUACAUGACCCUCAAUGCCACCCUCGCCAACUACCCCUGCCCCAAACCCGCCGGGGAUAUCACGGUGCUGCGCGUUGGUAGCGAGACCAGCUGCAGCGGGGAUGCUGCGAGACCCACCUGCAAUGGCCCCCUGCCCGGCCCCGGGCCCUACCUGGUGAAGUUCCUUGCCCUGGAGGGCUCUGAGCCCGUGGCCGAGACAGGCUGGUCACAGCCCAUCAUGCUGAGGACAGCCAAGUCAUCCAACAGCAUCUCCACGACGGACGGAGGGCACAGCGCCGGCAUGAUCGCCCUCACCACCAUCCUCUCCAUCCUCUUCGCCAUCCUCCUGGCCGGGCUGGUGGCCAUGUUCGUCUUCUGGGGGCGCCGUGCAAAGGGCAGCAUCACAUUCACACCCAGCCCCGGUCACAGCGCCCUUACAGGCUGUCCUUGUCCUGCCUGGGAGGGGUGUUAGCAACCUGCCCCCCCCCCGCUGCCGGAGCCGCCCCCGUGGAGCC